AUUAAUCUCAUACUUUUUUUAAUACGCAAACUUAUCACACGCAUAAUUUUACCGCGCAGACAAAAUUAACAACUUAGAUAUAAAAUCCUAAUAAUUAUUUCUCUUAUAUUCGAAUACGAUAACGCAAAGCACCUGUCACCGACACGCUACCAUAAGAUACUGCCAUAAAUAACGCGGGCAUAGGCAACUGGAGGGUUCCAAUGAUGGUAAAGAAUAGCACAGUCUCGCAAGCAGAAUGCGCAUAAUCCAUCGCUGGUUGAUUAAAAGAGAAGGAUGAUAUAAGAAGAAAGAAUUAAAUUUUAAACACAUAAUCCAUCUCUGGUUGAUUAAAAGAGAAGGAUGAUAUAAGAAGAAAAAAUUAAAUUUUAAACACAAAAAAUGUUAUACGUAUUGGUCAAUAGUUACGAGGUAUAUUUCAGAAACUUUUUAAACUAGGGAUAUACAUCAAGACAGGGACGCAUAAAAUGUGUACAAGAAUAUAAAGAAUAUAAAGAAACAGAAAAAACUUAAAACACACUACGCUUCCGGGUGAAAUAAUAAAAUUAAUGUUGAAAAGAUUAAAUUAAAAUUUGUAAUGAUAUUGUUAUAACUAAAUAAUAUUUCUAUUACAUUUAUUGCCUAAACUUUUUUAUAUUAUUGUUAUUUUGUUUCUUGUAACAAUAAAUUAAUUUGCGUUAUAUUUUUAAUAAAUUAAUUCCAAUAUUUACAGUAUUAUUUUAGUUUAUAAUUAUUUAAAUAUAAAUAAUUUAAAAUCGUUAUUCAUCGCUGCGGCCCUAUUGUUAGUCGUUCCAAUCUAUUUCUCUUUUAUCCAAUGCUAUAGCAUCUGACAAUUAUAGUUGUCUUGCUGCAGUAUCAGUCGACGUUUUUGUAACAUUAAUGAUUCUUUACACUGUAGAACGACCAUAAAGUUUGCCAACAAGUCGCGGAAGAAAUUACCAUUUCUAGAAGCAUAUUUCUCGUUCCGAAAAACAUUAUGCAACAUUGUCAGUCUCAACAUGGACAUUAUUAAACCUAAUGGAAAUGCAGAUUUCGAAUGGGCAACUCGUUUAAAUCGCCUUCUACUGAACAUUAUUGGAAUUUGGCCAAAUGCUCACAGAAAUGCUUAUGAUAAAUUCUUUUCAAAUGUACGUGCGGCAUUCACUGUAAUUGUUAUUCUUUUUGUUGGUACAAUUCCUGGUAUACAUUCACUAGUGAGAACAUGGGGUGAUCUGAUGGCAAUGAUAGACAAUCUACAAUUUACUCUUCCAAUAACGAUGACCAUAAUAAAACUCAUUGACAUAUGGUGGAAGAAAACAGAUCUUCUAAUGGCCAUAAAUAUGAUUGCUGAAGACUGGAUAAAGGACAAAACCAGUAAAGAACGGUGCAUUAUGAUAAAGCAAGCACAAAAUGCCAGAAUCAUUACAAUAGUCUGUUGUUCCUUCAUGUUCUUAGGCAGCACUUUAGCCAUAAUUUUACCUUGUUUUGGAAUGACUGUAAGAUAUAUUACAAAUGUCACGGAUCCGGUUAAAAUCUUACCUUUACAAGCUCAUUAUAUCUAUGACAAAAAUCAAAGUCCGUAUUUCGAGAUUAUAUUCGCCGCACAAUCUCUCGUUAUCUUGAUGUGUGCUGCAUCCUACACCGGUGUGGAUAACUUGCUCGGAUUAUUGAUAUUUCAUUUGUGCGGACAACUAGAAAUUCUUAAAGAAAAACUAAUUAACGUAAAACUAUUUAAAAAUUAUAAUGAAAGCAUAGCCCUAAUCGUGGAGGAGCACAUACGGCUGAUCAAGUGUUUUCGCAUUAUCGAAAGUACAUAUACUUUACUGUUACUGGGACUACUAAUGUAUUUUGGCAUAAUAUUCUGUCUGUACGGAUUUCUAACUCUAGCAAUACUUACAGAAGGAAAAGGGAUGUCAAUGUUUCGCUUUAUAUACCUCGUUUCUAUUGUAUUAAAUGUUUCUACACACAUGUGUCUUUUUUGCGCUGUUGGUGAGAUUUUGGUAACAAAAUGCGAAGCUCUAUACCAGGCAGCUUACGAGCACAAAUGGUACACAUUGGAACCAGCAAAGGCAAAGAAUUUGCUUUUAAUAAUGAUUCGAGCUAACAAGUCUCUUUAUAUUACGGCUGGGAAAAUGUUUCCUAUGACAAUGUCAAUGUUUUGUAAUGUGAUAAAAACAUCUGCCGGUUAUGUUUCAAUUCUAUUCGCAAUGCAAAAAUAAAAAAAUCAAUUUUUAUAUUUAUAUUUACCUGGGAGUAAGGUAUAAGUACAAUAUUGUUUUAAAUAUACAUAUAUUUAACAUAAUAUUGUAAUAUAAUAAGCACAUAAAAUUAAAAUACAUAUUUUAUAAAAAAAUAUUUAUUCGUCUCAAUAUAAACAGCUAAAAAGCUUUACAAAAUAGCAAUUGUUUUUUGCUUUAAUAUAUUUACUAAUACAAUUUUCUUAAAAUAUUUGAAUUAAUUUUUCUAUUCAAUUAAAAUUUAUAACAUGAUAUUGUUUAAUUCUUUAAAUACAAGUAAUGCUAAAAUUUUUUUCUAUAUUUCUGUUAACAUAAUCGUUUUUAGCAUAGUUCUAUAAAGUAUACAUUACUUUAUUUAGCAACAAAAAAAAGAGGGUAUUAUGGCUACUAUGGACAAUAUAGUUACCCCUAUUAUUUUCGUUAUUCGAUAACGUAUUCUAAUAAUUGCUUAUGGAAUUAUUCGUUUAGAAGCCCACAGUUUUUUAGUUAUGCUAAUAUGCCAAUACAUAAUGACUGACAAUUCUUAUAAGGCAUUUAUACUUUUGAGCACUUCUAAUCUUUCUCAAGGUACACUUUUGACUUUUAAUUAAAUAUAUACACUUC